AUGAGCAUGUUAACAGAGCCAGGAGCCGCCAACGUUGCCUCCAGUAGCAGUAGCAGUGAUAGGAAUCCCUCCCCAGGAGCAGGAGGUCUUGGCGCGAAGGCCUCGACUCAAUCUGCCGCAGCAAGGACGAAGAGAGAAAAGGGCAGCAGCAGUUUCUCCCAGCGAGGAUCAGCAGCAGGAGGACCGCGCACCGGCAGGGCGCUGUCACGCGACGGCCGCGCGAGCUUCCGCACGAAACUCGCGCUGGACAAGAUCGACGCGGUCAGGAAGGACGACUGGAGGAGAAUCCUGGUCGAGCUGGACAAGGCGGAGCUCGCGGAGGGGAGGGCGACGACGAACAACGCAAAGGCGCCCGCCGCGGCGGUGUCGACCUUCGUCUACAGCAAGUGCAUCUCUCGCAUGGCCAAGUGCUUCCGCUGGGGCGAGGCCCUCGACAUCUUGGCGAGGAUGGCAGAGCUGGGGGCCAUGCCUAACUCGUACUGCGUGAACGCUGCGCUGGACGCGUGCGGCAAGGCCGGGCGGGUCCAGGAAGCCCUGGGCCUCAUGAGGGACGCGCGGGCGUCGGGGAUAGAGCUUGACGUUGUGAGCUACAACUGCGCUAUCCCGGCCUGCGUCACGGGGGGGGACUGGGAGCUGGCCCUGAGCAUGAUCCGGGAGAUGGAGGCCGAGUACGGCAUCAAGCCGAAUCACAUCACCUACCAGGCGGCGAUAAAGGUGUGCGGGAGGUGCGGCAAGGCUGACGAGGCGGCUAGUCUCCUGAUAGAGAUGAAGGACGGCGGCGUGCCGCUCAAGACGUCGGUGUACUCGGCGGUCUUCAACGCCUUCCGCAGGGUGGAUCACUGGCAGGCGGCGGCCUCCACGCUGCGCGAGAUCCACGACUGGCCGGUCAAGCCGAACGUGUUCAACUACAACCUCGCCAUCUGCACCUGCACCGACUGCGGGGAGUGGGAGGAGGCCCUCGACCUGCUGCACUUCAUGCGCGAGGUCGGCGGGGUGGAGCCGGACGUGGUGACGUACAACAUCGUCGUGGCGGCCUGCGGGAAGGCCGGGCAGGGGGAGAAGGCGAUCGAGAUAUUCCGCGAGAUGUCAGAGGUCGGGAUCAAGCCGGACGUGAUCAGCUUCACCACGGCGAUCUCCGCCUGCGGCAGCUGCGGUCUGUCCGAGGAGGCCCUGUCCAUCUUCCGCGAGAUGGAGAGGGCCGGCGUGCGCCCCAACAUCAUCACCCACAACGCGGUCAUGUCCGCGUGCAUCGCCGCCGGCCAGUGGGAGGAGGCCCUCGACUUUUUCACCGAGGUGGUGGACGGCAGCGGUGCCGCUAACGGCGGCGGCGGCGGCGGUCCUCCGCCUGAUCCGGUAGAGGUGGCCGACGCGUGCAGCUACAACACGGCCCUAUCGGCGUGCGAGGUGGGCGAGCAGUGGGGGCGGGCGCUGUCUUUGUUGCGCGACAUGCCCAAACGCGGCGUCAAGCCCGUUGUGAUCAGCUACAACACGGUCAUCUCGGCUUGCGGCAAGUGCGGGGAGGGUGACCAGGCGCUAGCCCUCCUCCGGGAGAUGCCCGAGAGGGGCCUCAUGCCCGACGUCAUCACCUUCAACUCGGCCAUCGCGGCCCUGAGCAACAGCGGGCGGCCGGACGACGCGGUGCGCCUCAUGAGGGAGAUGCCCCGCGCGGGCGUCGCCGCCGACGCGAUCACCUACUCGUCCGCCCUGACCGGCCUCGCCCACGCCGGCCGCUGGGAGCAGGCGCUGUCCCUCCUGAGGGAGAUGCAGGGCGCCGGGGUGAGCCCCACGGUGAUCUGCUACACGGCGGCGAUACGGGCCUGCGGGGAGGCCGGCAAGGGGGACGAGGCGCUGUUGCUGCUGAGGGAGAUGCCGACGGCGGGGGUGACCCCCAACUUGUUCUCGUACUCGGCUACGAUCUCGGCCUGCGGGAAGGACGGGCGGUGGGAGCAAGGACUGGCCCUUCUGAACGAGAUGCCCGCUCUAGGACUCACACCGAACGAGUUCUGCUACACGGCCGCCAUCACGGGGUGCGGCAUCGGGGGGCAGUGGGAGCGAGCGGUGGCCACCUUCAGGUCCAUGAUCGCUAGCGGCAUCCAGCCCACCGUGGUGGGGUACACGUCGGCGGUGUCGGCGCUGGCGCACUGCGGGGAGGUGGAUCUCGCCCUCGAGCUGCUGAGCGAAAUGAAGGAAGAGGCCGGCAUCGAACCUAACGAACAGACGUAUGCGGCCGUCAUCCUGGCGUGCGGAAACGGGGGGCAGGGACACCUGGUGGCCCAAGUCCAGCGCGACAUGGCGAGCGCCGGCAUUACCCCGAGACUCACGGGGUAUCUCUCGGCGAUCCGCGCCUCCGGAGAGUGCGGGAACUGGAGCGAGGCGACGUCGCUGCUGGGGGAGAUGGAGGCGGCGGGGGUUCCCCCCACGGUGUCGUGCUACAACGCGGCCAUAACGGCGUGCGGCAAGAGCGGGAAGUGGCAGGAAGCGCUGGACCUGCUGGACGAGAUGCCCGGGAAGGGGCUAGUGCGCGACUCGGGCACGCUGUCCGCGGCGAUAUCGGCGUGCCAAAAGGCCGGGAGGGGGGUGAAGGCGGCGGGGCUGGUGGAGGAGAUGCUGGAGAUGGCGAGGGAGAAGGGGGGCGAGAGGGACUCGCUGGAGGGAGCGGGUGCGGCCGUACCAAAUCCAAGCACCGCCGCGAGCGAAGAGGCCGCUCGGUAGCCUUGUGGACAGCGCGGCGCUUCUAGCCUUGGUGCCAGGUCCUCUGCUGCUGCUGCUGCUGCUGCUGCUGCUGCUGCUGCUGCUGCUGCUGCUGCUGCUGCUGCUGCUGCUGCUGCUGCUGCUGCUGCUGCUGCUACUACCGCUGAGACCCGGCGUUGGCAAACUUGGGGUGAAUCGCACAGGCCGCGGAGGUACCGGUAGGCCAUUGCUGCGCUCAUCGGUGGCACCACAAGAGAUGACAACAGACGUGGAAAGGAAAGGAGUGGACUGCUCGCUCGCACAAUAUUUUACCCGUCCGGAAUUUAGGAUGUAGGUGGUGAAAUUGUAUCCGCUGCCUGCCGUCGAACACGGUGCUAGAGAAUAGGUCUUUCAAAGGGAGACAGACCCCGGAGGCCGAUAUUUUGUGUUGUCGCGAUAAUGCACCGUGGGUGUUGGGUCGAGGAGGGAGUUCCCAGAAGUUUGGGUAGGCCGCCGCCCUGAAUCCGUCCUUUCGUGACGAACAUCUUCAGCCGCGCCAACGUUUUUCGGAAAUUUCACGGGCGUUCUCGCCACGGAAAUCCCACGGUGCAGACGACCACUACAGCUGUACGGUUUGAUGUGCUUUGUAGGGGGCGGUAAGUGCGAUAGGUGAUACUAGUUGCUGCCCCAUUCAAUGCUCAUACAUAGCCCUUACGAGCAUGUUUGUGGCAGAAACGAGAUACGAUUUUGGUUUCUAGAUAGGAAGGGGCGCCGAAGUGGAACGGUUUUUCCGCAGAUGAGGAAGAUGUACGUUUGGGCUUGAGACGGCGACGGUUGGUUGGGGCGGUUUUGAUGCCGAAGACGGAAUUGGGAACAAGAUGGUGUCUCUGCGGCCUGCUUGUAUCGGACAAGCUCGAUGAGUGCGCGCAACGCGUGGUAGCCCGGUCUCAGGACUUUCGAAACACGCACGCGUUCAUGGCCGGCCGUACACAAGUUCUUUAAGGAGGUGAAGCCCCCUAUGAAUCCCCUCCUCGGCUUGACUUGAUGCGUGUUUGGGUGCGCGUAGAGGAAAGGAAGGAGGAUCGACCAAGAGACAGGAAAAGGGACUUUUUUUUUUAUCUUUUAUCCGCUAGAGGAGGGUGAGAGCUCACGAGAGAGGAAGGGCAGACGACAGAAAGUACCAGAUACCAGAAGGCAUGCAUGCGUGCUGUGGAUAUCGUCUUAUUAUAGAUACCUUUGACAAGUGGACAAGGCUGCCAACAUUUCCAUAACAAUGUGUGUAAAUGCCGAAGGCAUGUGUGGAUGUUUGUCUCAGCACUGUGAAGACCUCCCGAAUACGAACCACUUUCCAUGGCCCCACCGCAGGUGUGCAAUCCUUGACUGAUCACGAGCGAGUUUAAUGUGUUGUUGGCACGUACGUUCUUCACAGGGGGGUCCGUCCGUCAACCGGUGGGCCACAUUAUUUUUUUUAAGUUCGUUCAUUCCCCCCUGACUAUUAACCACGCCGAUAGAUCCACCACCACCUACUAAUACUGAUACAUGUGCGUACCCCAAAAACAAGGUGUCUAUUAACCCUCCGCAAAAGAAAAAGACCUUUCGAUCGGCCCGUCCGAUUGGGCUCCGCGCCCGACCAUUGCGGCCACACUCCAACAAGACAUGAGAAACGGACCAGACACACUGAGGGAGAGAAGAAGCCACUAGUCCCGACCUUUCCCUCCUAAAAAAAAACGAUGAACCAACUGCUACAGUCCUUCGGCAACAAUGUUGCUCGGCUCUGACAAAUUUGAAUUCAUCCCGCUGUCAACCAUCUCCUCGGUCCAGUCCUCGUCCCCCGAAAGGGAGCCUAGAUACCAAAGCAACGGAGGGGAGGGGGGCGCACUCAUGUCUCGCACAUGCCCUAGUUGUUCGACCGUUGGCCACGUGUCCUCGAGAGGAAGCAUCGUUCCCACAGGACCGAUCACCGACGGCCAAUCGUUCCUUCCUACUUUGCCAAACGUGACUAAGGGAGGAGGGGGUGGACCAAACUCAACGAAACCACACAUCAAUCUACGAAAAGUGGUACAUCUUGCAACGCACGGAAGAGGGCGAGAGGAAGCAAGGGUAGGCAGCUCUCGUCUCGUCUGCCUUAAAGCAGAACAUAGACAUCCCAACGGGAUGGGAAUGGGUAUGCUCUAGUCCCCCUC